AUGCAAGAAGCGUUAGAAAGUGUAGAGGGAAGAGCCCUCCUUCAGUGGAAGAAAACCUUGUUCAAUACUGAUGGUGUUCUCGAUUCAUGGUCCCAUUCCAACCUCAAAAACUUAUGUAACAACUGGACAGGCAUCACUUGUAAUGCUACUACUGCAACUACAUAUGUUUCCGAGAUAAACGUGAGAGAUUAUUCUAAUCGUCUCACAGGUACGCUUGAUCACUUUGAUUUCAUUUCCUUUCCAAAGCUCACCCAUUUUGUUCUUUCUAACAACAGUUUUUUCGGGUCAAUUCCAUCAGCUAUUGCUAAUCUCUCUAAACUCACCGUCUUAGACCUUAGUUAUAACGGAUUUCAAACUUCUAUGCCAUUAGGGAUUACAAUGUUAACAAAGCUCCGGUAUUUGAACCUUGGUGUAAACAAUCUCAAUAGUACUAUUCCGGACCAAAUUAGCCACCUCCACAACCUUGAAUACUUCAAUAUAUCUUGGAACUCUUUCAGUGGCCAGUUCCCUGAAUCAAUGUACUCCAAUCUCACCAACCUUCAGUAUUUCAUUUGUUUUGGAAAUCAAAUUCAAGGCCGGUUUCCAACAAAUUUAACCAAGCUUUCAAAUCUUAGAAUUCUUGACCUAUCUUAUAACAAUUUCUAUGGGUCUAUACCUCAUGAAAUUAGUGGGCUGAGAAAUCUGAAUGAGCUUUAUCUAGGGUGGAACAACUUCUCAGGUGUCAUUCCACUCCAGAUUGGGAAGUUGAAGAAUUUGGUAUCGAUUGGUCUAAAAAGCAACUUUUUUUCUGGGCCUAUACCUUCUUCACUUUGGAAUAUGACAAAUCUAAGUAUGCUUUCUCUAGCUAUGAACAACUUCUCAGGUACAAUUCCACCACAAAUUGGAAACUUGAAGAAUUUGAAGGGGAUUGAUCUAUCAAGCAACCAUUUUUCUGGGCCCAUAGCUUCUUCUGAAACUGGAAACCUAACACUUAUUAGUUCAUGGUUGUGCAAUCUGGAUUCUCUACUAAUUCUUGAUCUGUCUAAGAACAAUUUGCGAGGUCCACUACCUCAGUGUUUGUGGAAUGUCAGCAAUCAUCUUUGGUUUGUGGAUUUAUCCACAAAUCAAUUCGAGGGAACUAUUCCGGGAGAAUUCACGGAUGGAAACCCGUUAAGGUAUAUCAAUCUGAUGCGCAAUCACUUGGGAGGUCCAUUGCCUCGAGGCUUAGCAAGUUGUAGCAAACUAAUGGUUUUAGCACUGGGAAACAACAACUUGGUUGAUUCUUUCCCACACUGGUUAGAUGGUUUGUCUCGUUUGGGCGUUCUUAUCUUGAGAUCUAAUCAAUUUUAUGGCACGGUGGGCAAUUCCCGGACUAUAAGUCCAUUCCAGAAGUUGCAUAUAUUUGAUAUCUCCCACAAUGAGUUCACAGGUCCUUUGCCAAUGUAUUAUUUGGAGAAUUUUGCAGAGAUGCAGAAUGCAAGUGCCACUGGAGGUUUUGUAAUGCUCUCCCAUGAUGAUUAUAUAAACCUCAUGUUGAAAAGGAAUGAGCUACCAGUGUGGAACUUUACCAUCUUCACAUUGAUUGAUUUAUCAAGUAACCACUUCCAUGGGGAGAUUCCAGAAUCUAUAGGAAAGUUGCAUAGCAUCAGGUUCUUGAAUUUAUCCCAUAAUGAGCUCACGGGGUAUAUUCCAUCAUCGUUAGGAAAUUUAUCUAUUCUUGAAGUACUUGAUCUGUCAUCAAACCAACUAGUGGGUAAAAUUUCCCAACAACUUGCAAACUCGUUGAUGUUUCUGGCUGUACUAGACCUCUCCUAUAACCAUCUUGUUGGUCCAAUUCCACAUGGCCAGCAGUUUAACACAUUUAGCAACGAUUCAUAUAUGGGGAACACGGCUCUAUGUGGGUUCCCAUUGACGAUACAAUGCCAAGGCGGCAGUAAUGGGUCACCGCCCCGAACACCAGCACCAGAUGGCGAGGAGGAUUCAAAAAAAUUUGGGGGCGGAUUUGGGUGGCGAAGUGUUGUUAUAGGAUACUUCAGUUGCAUGCCAUUUGGUAUUUUUGUGGGAUAUGUUGCAUUUUUGUAUGGAAGACCAAGAUGGUUUGUAAGGUUAGUGGUACCGGUUAGGACACUUAGGACUAAGAAGUAG